AUGUCUUCACCAUCCGACCAGACACUACUCGUCACGGGCGCGAACGGAUACGUAGCCGGUCACAUCAUUAAGGAAGCCCUUGAAAGAGGCUACAAGGUGAAAGGCGCCGUCCGAACGGACUCGUCAGCGGCGCAAUUGAAGGCAACGUUUCCAACGUAUUCCUCACAGCUCUCUACCACAAUUGUCCAAGAUAUCACCAAGCUCGAGAGCUUCCAGGACGCCUUUGGUCAAGACGUCACUGGAGUCAUCCAUACAGCUUCACCCUUUGUCUUCGAUUACCAGGACGUGCGACGCGAGCUCCUCGACCCAGCCAUUAACGGCGCCGUGACGAUCCUCGAGGCGGUCGCGCGGUAUGGGAGCUCCGUGCGGCGGGUCGUCACCACCGCCUCGUUCGCGUCCAACCUGGACAUGCUCGCAGGCAAGCGCCCCAACUACACGUACACUGAGCUUGACUGGAACCCCAUGACGUACGAUGAGGCCACGACCGCCCAGCCAGCAGCCGCGUACUGCGCGUCCAAGGGCCUGGCGGAGAAGAGCCAGUGGGAGUGGAUGAAAGCCAACAAGCCCGCCUUCGACCUCGUAGCCCUAUGCCCGGCCUGGAUCUUUGGACCGCACGUCGCGCCGCUCAGGGGGCUCGGCCGACUAAACCAGUCCAGCGCGGCUCUGUGGAAAAUGGUGGACCGGGAGGAGAUGCCCGAGAUGGACUUCAUGGGAUUUGUUGACGCGCGGGACGUCGCUUUCGCGCACAUUGCCGCGUACGAGAAGCCUGAAGCUGGUGGCGAGCGAUUCAUCCUGGCAACUCAUUUCGAUUACCAGAGCGUGGCGGAUGCGGUGAGGGAUAGCAUCCCCGAGUUGAAAGAUCGGAUGCCUGUGGGUAAUCGUGGAGCGGGCUGGCAGGAGCUUGAAACUGGCGCCGUGUAUGCCAUUGAUAGUGGAAAGGCACAAAAGGUCCUCGGGAUCAAGUACACCCCACUGAGUACCUGCAUGAAGGACUCGUUUCUGGAAUUGAUGGAGGCCGAAAAGAUGGCUGCCUGA